AUGAAAAGUACACGUUCUAAACAUAUGUUAAGUCUACUAUUAAGACCGUUGGAUAAAAUGAAAACUGCAUCUGAUCCUGCGGAAAAAAGUUUAGAACAAUUGGAAUUCUCAGAACAUAACAUGUACAAUCGCGCAGUUAUUACCCAAUCGCCACUACCGCAAGAAGCUGAGAACAUCCAUCAAGAUAUGGCUGAGAUAUGGGAGGACGUGUUCGGUCCACCACAUAUUCCGCCCGACGUUACCUCUGACGAAACUAGCCUAAAGUCACUGCGUGUAGUUGAAAAUUCUACAGACAUCAAAUCAAUUCCAUUAAAGUCUGCAGAUAGCGAAGAACUAACACCUUUGGCAAUUGAAGUACCUUCCAGUUUUGAAAAUUCACCCGAAAUCGGCUUUGGAGACUUGCCUUCGGUUUCAGCACCUAAUGUCCCGACUCCUAUCCCUUCGCCAUUGAACUCACACGCAGAUUGCCAUGAUUCCUUUUGUUCUAUCCAUGAGAAUUGGACUCAGUCGCCUUCAGAUACUAACACAUCUAGUGCACCUAACAAUUCUAGUGAUGAUGAAUGCUCUGCAUCAACCAAGAAAAGAGCAAAGAAACGAGUACGCCUUACAUCUGAAUGGUCGGACGUCAAAAGAAAGUGCCUUAAGAAUAUAGGCGGCGAAGUGGCAGCCCGUGAAUGGACGGACGCAAGAUCGAUAGAGCGGAGUGCGCAGGUCCGCCUCGGCGGCGUACAGCUGGCGGCUUCGCAGCCAUCCGCGACCAACGCGCUUCGACCUGCGUCUCAGUGCCUAACUGUGACGGACUUAAGUGAUCUGCUUUGCAACGGAAAUGUUUUGGACUGA